GAGGGGACCUCGCGAGGGUACUUCCUACUGGCAGAUUUUCUUUUUUCUUUUACUAUAUAUAUAGUAAACAUAUUUUUAGGAAAAAAAACUAUGACUAUAUCCAGGCAAUGAUUUAACCCUUUCUAUCAACCAAUCAGAUCAUAUGUUUAUAGAAGAAUAUAUUGAAGAUGAUGAUGAACCACCUCUGCUGCUCAGCUCCUUUACUUUUUAUCCUGCUGGGGCUAUGGGGGGCGCUGGCAGCACAGUGUGGCGAGGGCGAGGGCUGUGUGUGUCAGCAGUGUCCAGCAGGACAACAGCCCACCAAGGCUUGUGGGGAGGUUGAGGGGGCCGAGGUGGUGGGGUGCCAAGCCUGCCCGGCGGGUACCUUCUCCAACACCCACGAUGCCAAUCAGUGUCGCCCCCACAGCUCCUGUCAGCUCCUUCACCGCAAGGUAGUGGCUCUGGACACCCCAGCCACGGACGCGGUGUGUGGAAGCUGCCUGCCUGGGUUCCACCCAGCCGCGGCACAGAGGGCCUCCUCCAUGUAUGCCUGUGUGAGGAAGUCCGCGGAGCGGCUGGUGCGGGUGCCACGGACGGUGGGCAAGAGCUCCCCGCGGGGCUCGGGCAUGGCGGUGGCCAACGCCACCAACGUGCGCGGCGGCCCGGAGGAGAAGAGCACGGAGUACGCCGUGUUCGCCCUGGUGCCCAUCUUCUGCAUCAUGGGCCUGCUGGGCAUCCUCAUCUGCAACCUCCUGAAGAAGAAGGGCUACCGCUGCACCGCCGACAAGGAGGCCGGCAGCGAGGAGACGGCCACGCCCCAGAAGGAAGGUAACCCCUGCCCGUAUAUUGUGGACGACCCUAACGAAGACACCAUCAGUGUGCUGGUCCGCCUCAUCACGGAGAAGAAAGAAAAUGCUGCUGCCUUGGAGGAGCUUCUGCUGGAGUAUGAGAGCAAGCAGAUGGCUGUCAACAAGGCCUCAUCCAUCAAGUUCCCCGGCCUUCCUAAUCUAGCUCAGUUUCACUCGCUCCCGCGGCUGUGCACCCACCAGCACCUGCACACCAUCAACGGGCUGGCGCCGCGCUCGGGGGCCUGCUGCUCGCGCUGCAGCCAGAAGAAGUGGCCCGAGCUGCUGCUGCCGCCGCACAUCGACACGCACAAGACCUCCAGCCCCCCCGCCCGCACCCCGCUGCCCAGGGAGCUCACCAUCCUCUCCGUGGGCAGGUUCCAGGUGGCUCAGAUCCCGGAGCAGAAGGGCGUCGCUAUGGACACGACCCCGGUGGAGUCCAGUGACACGGACUCGGUGGACACGUCUCACACGGAGCCGGCGGACGAGAAGUCCCUGCUGGGCCUGUCCUCUGCCUCUAUGUCUUCCAGAAGCAGACAGGAGGAGCCGAGGCUGAUCAUUAGGCUCGGGGAGAGCAGCCUGGCCAUGUGACAGAUCCAUGUGUAAAGUGACAAGUACACAAACUGGAUGAAGAUAACGACAUCAUCAGCAGACGCCAGAGGAUGAACAGAGCUCGGGUCAGACUGCCUUUGAAGAAGGGAGGGGAUUGAGAUUGACCCCCAUGGGGAUUCAGUCUGGAGAGCUGUGUAUUUAUUACCUUAACAUAUUUGCUAUCCUAUCUUGGUUUUUAAAAAGCAAUACAACUCUGUUUUUAGAAGCAGACAAGGUAGAGGGAAAGAAAGUAUUUUUCGUCUGUAUAACUGUGCUUCCAUAUGACUCACCUUAGCUGGUUGAAGUCAAGCCAUGCAGUGCACAUCAACAUUAUGAGGGCAUGAUGUACAAACUAACAGUGGCACACACACACACACACACACACACACUGGUACAUAUCACUGACCAACAUAUCACUGCAUUACAGUACACUACAACUCAAUGUUACAUUGAGAGCAUGAACACAAUGAAGGCCUACAGUAUGCUCCUCAAAGGAUUGUUAACACCAAGUAUUACUGGAGAGACCCAAACAAGGACAUGGGCGGAAUCUUUAGUUAUCUUGUACAAUAAUUUGGAGAACAAGUCGUGUAGCUGAGUACAGAGAUCCCUCUGAUACCACCAGAACACAAUCCUGAUCUUCUACUUCUAGGUUUCUUCUCACAACAUGAUGCCCAUACAGACACGAACAAGCCAACAUUUACUGUCAUAGAUGCAAUUUAGAUUCUAGCUUUUAACUCUUUGGAAUGGCUUUCAGUGCUAGAAGGCUGCUUGUUAUUUGUUUUUCAGUUUUGCAUCAGAAUGACUGAUUUUGAUGCCAAAGCACUUCUUUGAAUGAUUGUAUAUAUGUAUAUGAGGGUGCAAAUGGAGGGGGUAAUUUUAUACAUUUUCACCAGCGCGAAGUGUGGUAGAGAACGGAAGCUAACAGGGUGACUUCAGCGUGGCAUUACUUUUGCUGUGCCUCUUUUCUCAUUCAGUUCGAUUCAUUCACAUUUCCAUAGGAAUGGAAUGCACUUGUAUCCUUAGCUUUGUUCUGAAGGCCCGGACUUCCUUUAUCCUGGAAGUGUUCUCUCACACACGCCCCUUCUACGCUAUGAGAACACUUCCUCCUUUCCCAAAUGGACUGAGUCAGAUGCCAUUUCCCCCCUCCCGUUUGCUCAGGGUUCUUUGUGGUCGCCUGUGUUCUUCCCUGAAACUCACAGUCUCUCUCCUUAAGCAAGACACUACCACAUUCCCACUCUGAAAUGUUUGAGAAGUAUUAAAAAAAACAUUCGGCAGAUGGUUACGAUCCCAGUCCUACAGCUGCUACACGCUACUCAUCUGAGCUAGUAGGUGAGUGACACUGUGACACUGCUCUUGCUGGGAAUGUCUCGAACAUCACAUUGAGGAUGUGUGUGUGAAGUCUCACACUUCACCUCCUGAUUUCUGUUUUCCGCCCCAACCCUGCGGUCUGCGGCUUCAGUUUUGUUUUAUCAGGCGACCCAUAGGUGGCCUAAUCUGACAGGUGCUUCACAAAGCUGGAGUUUGUUCCUCACAAACAUUCUUUCUCCUCAAACAGUAAUCAGGGGUUGGAACAACAUGAGAAAUAGAUUAAGGGGAAAGAAAAGACACAUCUGCGACACUGUGGUCGUACAGGAGUCUGUCACCAAAAACCUACCUCCUUUCAAACAAUUAGGCGUAGGAGUGAUAUCUGAGACACAUACGUUUUCUUUUUGUCAUUUCUGCAUGACGCGGAGCAUCCUCACAGAAUGGGGAGCCUCGGCAGUGUGAGCUUGAUCUGGGCGUUCCUCUAUCUGAGGAGAACAGUUAGCCAUGUCAGCUUCACAAAGACCGUCAGUUAAAGAUGCAAAAGGGAUUGCACAGUACUCUAUGCUCUCCAAAUACGCAGAGACACUCAGCAUCACACAUACAGCAAAGGGGCACAACCAUUUCCAUGGAGAUCUCACUUUAUUCCUGGUACAUUUUAGGGGUGUGUUCACCUUGAAAGCAUACAAUCAUUGCUGAAACAUCAAAUGUGAAAAUCAUGACUUUGAUAGGGUUUGUGUUAAGUGAAUUUUAAUGGUAUUUGACUUUGCUCAAAUGAAGACUGACCAUUUCAUUUCAUUCCUCUCAAUAAUGUUUAAGUAUUUUUAUUAGUAUUAUUAUUUAAACUGAGAAGGAGAUAGUGGGAGAAAUGGCUACGUUAGUGUAGCUUUUGUUUUGUUAUUAACGUUUACAAGCACAUUUUAUAGGGUGGAAUUUUGUAUUUUGUAUUUUCUGUU